GAACCAGGAAGCUGCCACAUCAUAACUCACGCAUCAUCACAUAGAACCAUGAAAUAGUCAUGCAAACAUUUGCGACUAUCUGUCCGAACAGCUGCGUAACGUUUGCCUGAACAGCCAGCUAUGGCUCAAUUUGAGGCAGCAUCCCAGAAGUCAGCCCAGUACCCUAAACCUGCAGGAUUCAUCCUUCAGUAUGGCACCGCCGGGUUCCGCACCAACGCCAAGCAACUUCCCCAUGUGAUGUUCCGCAUGGGCUUGCUGGCCGUUCUUCGAUCCCUUAGAACCCGGGCCACCAUAGGAGUGAUGGUUACGGCCUCACACAACCCAGAGGAGGAUAACGGGGUGAAGCUGAUUGACCCCAUGGGGGAGAUGCUAGAGAUGGCAUGGGAAGCCUACGCUACACAGCUGGCCAAUGCUGAGCAGGACGGCCUGGUGACCGCACUCAGAGACAUCAUCGAGAGAGAGGCCAUCAACAUGGACCACAGUGCCAGCGUGUUCGUGGGCAGAGACACCAGGCCCAGUAGUCAGAGUCUGUCACAGGCUGUCCAAGAUGGAGUGUCUGCCCUCGGUGGACACUGUCAAGAUUUUGGCCUGGUGAUCACACCUCAGCUGCACUACCUUGUGUGCUGUCAGAACACCCAGGGUCGCUAUGGUGACAUCAGUGUGGAGGGCUACUACAAGAAACUCUCCGAGGCGUUCAUCAAGAUCACCAAGAAUGCUCCGCCGCGGCAGCCGCUGCGGGUGGACGGCGCUAACGGGAUCGGCGCGCUGCAGCUGAAGGCCAUGGAGCCGCACCUGCAGGGUCAGCUGACCGUCCUGCUCACCAACGACGGCUCGACGGGGAAGCUGAACCACCUCUGCGGCGCCGAUUAUGUCAAAGUCCAACAGGGCGCACCACAAGGUAUGGAGAUGGGGCUUGGUGAGCGCUGCUGCUCCUUCGACGGCGAUGGCGACAGGAUCGUUUAUUACUACAAGGAUGAUAAAGGUUGUUUUCACCUGCUGGACGGAGACAAGAUAGCCACACUUAUCAGCACCUUUAUCAAAGAGCUGCUCACCAAGGCAGGACUGGACCUGCAGCUGGGUGUGAUCCAGACGGCGUACGCUAACGGAAGCUCCACACACUACCUCGAGGACAGCAUGAAGGUGACUGUGCGCUGUGUGAAGACGGGAGUGAAGCACCUGCACCAUGCGGCGCUGGAGUUUGCUGUGGGCGUGUACUUCGAGGCCAAUGGUCACGGCACGGUCCUGUUCAGUAAAGCGGCUGAGGAGAAGAUCCACCAGCUGGCUAAAGAUGGCAGCGCUGCAGAGGAGAGGAGGAACGCAGCCUUGCAGCUGGAGAGCACCAUCAACCUCAUCAACCAGACCGUGGGCGAUGCGAUCUCUGACAUGCUGCUGAUCGAGGCCGUGCUGGCGGUGAAAGGACUAACCGUUCAGCAGUGGGACGCCAUUUAUACAGAACUGCCCAACAGACAACUUAAAGUCAAGGUAUCAGACAGGCGUGUGAUCAACACAACAGAUGCCGAGAGAAAGACCACCAGCCCUGCAGGUCUACAGGAAGCUAUCGAUGAACUAAACAGGAAGUACCGCCUCGCACGGUCAUUCGUGCGCCCGUCGGGGACUGAGGAUGUAGUGAGAGUGUAUGCAGAGGCAGAGACACGGGAGACAGCUGAUGCUCUUGCACAUGAAGUCAGUCUUGCUGUGUACCGUCUGGCUGGAGGAGUAGGAGAGGAGCCUAAGCCUCUACACUAACCACACACACACACACACACACAUACUCUCUCUCUCUCUCUCUCUCACUCUCUCUCUCUCUCUCUCACACACACACUUUUUAGAAAUGUUCUUUUUCUGUUAGUUCUAGAAACAAAUGCAUUUGCUUUCACGUUCAGUCUACUCGUGAGGUGUAAAGGGAUCUGUUCAAGCCUGUGCCUCUACACUAACCACACACACACUCUCUCUCUCUCUCUCUCUCUCUCUCUCUCUCUCUCUCUCUCUCUCUCUCUCUCUCUCUGAUAUUCAGCCUGUGCCUGAAUAUCCCUUCAUCCAUGACGGAUCAUAUUCAUAUAACGGUAAAAUCCCAGCUUGAGGCCUUAUGCAUUAAUUGGUGCCAAAUCUUAUUUACUACACGACACGAUCACUCUGCCUCGGGACCUUUUACCAACCAAAGGCAGAGAUGGCAGACUCCAGUAGUGAAGGAUUAUGGUGCAGCCAUGUUUUUACACUAAACAUGUAAUGAAGCAGCUUGCGUAGCGGGUAACCUGUUUGUGUUGUUCCUAGAGGGGGAACUACAGUAGGAACUACACAAUGGUUUGAUUUAGACAUGAUGGAGACCUUAUGAUUGUAGACCAGAUAUACCUGACAUGGAGUCUAGGGCUGUUUAGAAACGGUUGAGUCCGAGAGUUGGGCAAAGAAUUAUAAAGUUACUGAGCUUUGGGGAAGUCUUUGGGGAAUGUGAUUGAUGCAAUCAUGUAAAUGUCUGUGCAAGGGCAAUUGUUAACUCCUUUUAAGAUUUUUGCAUCAUUUACAUAUGGAAGUGUGAGAUAUACUGUAGGGUAUCGCAUGUGACAUGUUUCUUAUCAAGAUACCCCCGUUACCUUUGGCAGAGAGUCAUAUGUGCCCUUUACAAUAAAUGUGAAGUAGUGCUUAAAAGAACACGCCAAAGACGCUUAUUGGGAAAUACGCUUAGUUUGCUGCCCACUCCAGAGCUUGAUAAGAGGGUGCAUACAGUACAUACACCUCCCCUCUCUGUACAUGCAAUAACCCAGCCUGACUCCUUUAACCUUCAUAUCCUCAAUCUUAUCCUCAAGCAUAACUCACUGGAGGUGGACUAUAGACUAUUGCCAUCCUGUCGCUAAAAGGUAGCUAUAAGCUAAGUUGUAACCCCUUUCCAGUGAAUUAUGCUAAAAUAGGUUACUAGUGUCAGACUGGGUUGUUGCAUACACACAGAGAAGAGAAGUGUGUAUAUUCUCUUGUCGAACUCUGUGGUAGACGGCAAAUAAACUCAUUUGCCAAAGAGUGGGCCUGUUCCUUUAGCAUAGUAUUUCUUUUCUCCAUAUGAAUGCAAUGUUGGAUUUCCCGGAUAAUGGUGUAGUGCUAUAAUCACUUUAUUGCAUUUUCUCUCAACAUGUUUACAUUUAUAUGCAACUGGAUUGAUGACUGGGAAUAAAUCUGGAUUGAUGAUGAUUAAAAAAUAAUUGUACUGUUUUUGUUUUCAUCAAUAAAUCAGUACAUUAGUGUUGGUAGAAUGUAGGCUUUUGAGUUUUUG